AUGCUCAACUUCACAGGCCAGGCGAGGAGGAGGACUGUCAACCUAGGAAACAGAUCAGCAACUACAAAGCAGGACAUACUGUUGAAAGCCCAGCGUGAGAGAGAAAGGAGAGCCAAGGAGCACCAAAGAGAAGCUGCAUGUGCUAUUAUACAGUUCCAUAUAAGGAGAUACCUGGCCGACAGGUUUAACAUUAGACUUUUCAGUUCCACCUGGGACCGUCAAGAGGUCGGCUACCUUGUCUUGGUCUUUGGCCCUAAGUUGAUAGAGCAUUUGGAUUAUGAGUCCGUUUCAAGAAUACUCAACGACUCAAAAGAUAUGCUGGAGCAUUAUCCUGGAAACCGCGGGAACCUGAAGUUAUGUGGUAUGAUGGCUCAACUGAAGGAUGAUGUUCUCAUUCAAGAGAUCGUUAGCUGUUUAAAUCUGGCAAGGCCUGUCGCAAAUGAAUUUGUUGCAGGUGUGAGAAGCCUUUUGAUGAGGACCCAGAAACUGAGUCAACAAUCCAUUACUCUACUUUUGGAAGUUGUGUGCAGGUGGAAUCUGAAUCAUUCUGAGGCCUUAGAACCUUUAUUCGAAAUUAGAUCGAAAGAAACGGCUAAUUCCUCGGUUCUCUGGAUGUUUUACCAGAUUUGUGGGUCGUUAAAUGUUCUACCAGCUUCUGACUCUCGUUCGUCAGUCCUGCUGGAGAAUUUGGCAUAUAUUUACUGUCAUGUGGAUGAUCGAACCACAAUCAGUCGCUGUAUCGCCAGUUGCUUCAGAGGUAUGCAUUAUAUUGAACAAGACGGUCACUUACAAACGUACGUUACACAGCUUUACGAAAAGCCUUUCCUGGAUUUUUUGACAAACCUUGUGGAGAAUGAAGAAGACGUUGAUGUCACGAUGGAAAACUUUGUUUCCUAUAUUGAGAGCGCUCCCAACGAUAACUUACGAGACUCGGCAAUGAUCAGCUUGCUCUCCAGGCCAUCCUUCUUAAAGAAAUUAUACUCUGGUAUUCAUGAAUCACGCUUUGGCGAGUUAGAGUUCGAACCAACAGCAUCUUUCUCAAUUUUUGUUAGACUGCUCGAGAUGUAUUUACUAGUGUCGACGGACCAUGAACUCCUUUCCGAAUAUUCGGGAUUCACUGUUAAGGAUCUCGUAGCCUUCACGACGAGUUUGAAAGAUUUUGUGUUUCAUAACCUAUGGCACAUCGCAGCAGAGUCAAGACCCAAGAUUGUAGAAGAUACAUUGCCGCUCUUACAAAAGUUGUACUUGAGAGAUUCACGUCUGCAUUUCUGCUCUAAGAAUAAGGAUCUAGACUACUGGAGCAGUAAAGAUGUCGACUUUCUGCAAGUAAGUCCCUUUAAAUAUAUUGAAGACUACGAGAGGCUUUACAGGGAAUAUGCUGACAAGAGAGACGAGUUACUAGCCGAUAGUAAUGAGCUUUCCACAGCAGAUGAGGCCAGCGCGAUAAAAUUUCAAAUAUUAGCCCGCCUCAGCUCGAUGUACAAGUCUUCAGUGUCCACAAGACAAUUCAAGAAGCUGGAGAUUUUAAUCAAGACUCCUUUCUUCAUUCCUUUUGAACAAAGAGUUGACCUUUUUUACCUGUUCAUCGCCCUGGACAAACAGCGUCUUCAUUUGGAUGAGGAUAGUGCUCUAAUGGGUAUGUUCAUGCCAUGGCAUGUGAACGGAGCAAUGGGACGGCAGUCGGCGACAAUAUCCAGGGAGAAUAUCCUUGACGACGCGUGCAAUGCUUUCAAUAGUAUCGGAGAAAGGUUUAAAGCCAAAUUGGCCGUCACAUUUGUCAACGAAUUUGGUCCAGAAGCUGGGGUGGAUGGUGGCGGUAUAACCAAAGAAUUUUUGACCAGCGUUUCUGAGGAAGGUUUCAACAGCGAGAAGUAUUCGUUGUUCCAGACCAACAGCCAACACGAGCUCUAUCCUUCGACCGCUGUCGAUGCGCAGCGUUUGAGAUACUUGUGGUUUUUGGGCAAGAUUCUAGGCAAAUGCCUGUACGAUCAUGUGUUGAUAGAUGUCGCGUUUGCCGAUUUCUUCCUGAAGAAGAUGUUGAACCCUUCGUCACAGUUUGCCUCUUCCUUUGAUGACCUGCAAAGUCUGGACAUUGUACUUUACUCCAACUUAGUCAAGCUUCUAACUAUGACGCCUGAACAGAUAGCCAGCUUAGAUCUGGCCUUCGAAACUGAUUCGCUGGACGGCAGAGGAACUGUUGUGCCGUUGAUACCCGACGGAAACAAUAUCGCGGUCACCAAGGAGAACGUUCUCCUAUACAUCAUAAAAGUAGCUGACUUCCGCCUCAACAAGAGUCUUUUUAGGCAAAUCCAGAACUUCCACGGUGGCAUGAGCAUGAUCAUCGCCCCACACUGGAUGGAAAUGUUCAAUUCAGUAGAGCUUCAGAUGCUGAUCUCCGGCGGAGGCAAAGACAUUGACCUGGCGGAUCUCAAAGCCAAUACCGAAUACGGCGGAUAUCAGGAGACUGACAAGACUAUCAACGAUUUCUGGUCGAUUUUGCAGGAAUUAGAAUCGCAGGAGAGGCUCAAUUUCAUCAAAUUCGUCACUUCCGUUCCUCGGGCACCUUUACAGGGAUUCAGAUCUCUUGAGCCUCGAUUUGGCAUCAGAAACGCCGGAAGAGAUCUCGAGAGGCUCCCGACGGCAUCCACCUGCGUGAACCUCCUCAAAUUGCCUGAUUAUCAAGAUAAAGAACUGCUGCGACAGAAGCUACUCUACUCCAUCAACUCGGGAGCGCGUUUCGACCUCUCGUAG